GAAAUAAAAGUCACGAGGUGAGGUUCGUUGACUCUUCGUACAGGUGACGUAAACAAAUAAGAUACGAGAUAUAUAUCUCGUGAGUGUUAGGAUAUCAGGACGUUCGAACAGUCGAGUUGGAGCCUUCGUCCUGUAAACAUCGAGGGAGAAAGAGAUAUAUACAACGUUCGACAGCCAAACUCAUAAUUUUCUACGACGUUCUUAUAAUAUCUAUUAAAAAUAUAAGACAAUUGAUAUUAAUUACGAUUAAGUUUCUUUUUUCUACUUCUAAUUAAGAUCGAAGUCUUUGGUAGAGAAAUAUCUUUGAUGGGAAUCAUACGAAAAGAAAGGAAGAAAGAAAGAAAGAAAAAGAUAAGGAAGAAUAUAAAGGAAAGGAGAGAAGAGAAAAAUGAGAAGAAGAAGAAGGAUCGUAGGCAAGCGGAAGGAUCAUGGAGGAGGAAAAGAAGAAGAAGAAGAAGAAGAAGAAGGAGGAGGAGGAGGAGGAGGAGUCUAGUCGUCCUUCGUUGGCUGAGGUGGUGGUGGAGAUUGCAAUGGUUACCACAGCUUGCCGUUUUAGCGAAGAUUUUGUGCCUCCUGAUGGUGGUGAUGUGCGGGGCGGUACCGGCGAUGGUGCGCUCCGUGAGUCUCUACUCGACUUGCAGCAGCGGCAAUGUUACCGUAAUGGGCCGCUCGAUCAAGGCCGUGGGACGCAGCGAUGACAAUGCACCCUACCAGAAGCUCACGACACAGUCCGAGGACUUCAGUAGGAAGCUGUACAUCUUCGCGGAGAAAAGCCAGCGAUACAUUUGCUUCAACAAGCGAUGGAAACUCGUCGGCCUGCCGAAAAAACAGAAGGGUCCGAUGUGCCAGUUCUACGAGGUCUACAACGGUUCGUACCUGAGGUACAAAAGCGUGGCCGAUGAUACGCGAUACCUCGGUUUCAACAAGCUCGGCAAACCGAUGAAGAAUCCCCAUGGUAGGCAGGAAUGUUUCAACUUCAUCAAAUACAAUCCUCACGCCGACAUAAACCAUCAUAACAACUUGGUGAACGCGGAUAUGGGUGGUAUGGAGCCGAGAGAACCUUACGUGGUAUCGAGAAAGCCUUCACCGAUGAGGGCGACGAAGAACUCGCUGAUACAAGCCGACAGUAAUGGUGCGAGGCAGCAACAGCACCAUCAUCAUCAGCAACAACAACAACAACAACAACAGCAACAGCAACAUCCAGCGGGGCACACGACGACGCAUCGUCAUCGGCACUCGAAUCGUUGGAAGAUGCGACAAGACGAAGAGGAACACUCGGCGAUGCCACGAAGACGACACGAGAGUCGUCUACUCGUCGAGGCCAGCAAGUAUUGAGCCGGAAAAGCGUUGGCUCGCCGAUCAAGACUGCCUCCUUAAUUCGCACAUGCAAACACACACACACACACAUCCGAACGAACGAAACCGCGUACACAAUAUAAUACACAUAAAAGCCAGCCUUACACAUAAAAUAUCACAAACAUAUUAAACGAAGAUAUAAGGAACACGCACACACACACACACAGACACACAUAUACACAUAUACAUGACGAUUAUACACAGAAAAAAAAAACACAUACACAUAUACACACACACAUACACACCGUACCUCCGUGAGUUACCUGAGAUUAAUCUACCGAACGAACAGCUCACGUACGUCGCUUUGGCGCCCCUUUUUGUUUCCCUUCAAAUGAUCAUGUUCGGUAUGAUUCUUCAGGAAAAAUCGGCGAAACACGGAAACACCGCGACUUCGAGAAUAUAUAUAUAUAUAUAUAUAUAUAUAUAUAUAUAUUUAUAUAUAUAUGAUUAAGCUUAUAAGAGCCGCGACUUGGGUCGCGCGAAGCCGUGUCUCGAUUUACGUAGGUGAGAAUGAAAAUAUGAUAAAGGCAAAGAUAUAAGGAGAAAUGAAAAUAUGAAAUGGAAAAAAGAAAAAAAGAAAAAAGAAAAAAAGAAAAAGAAAAAAAAAGAUUACGUAGGACGACUUCAACGACUCCGAUCUCCAAUAAUAAUUAUUCGCGCGACUCCGAAACUCCUCUCUUGCCCCCCGACUGAACCCAUUUAGGGCAAGUAGGAGUAAAUCAGAGACGAAGCAUGCGAGAAAGAGUCGAUGAACUCUCGUCGCGCUUUAAAUCAUCGCGGCAGUCUCUCGCGCGCGCGCACGCGCCUCGUUUCUUCGCGCGGAGAGUUUGGCACGCGCUAGCCGAAAAAAAAAGAAAAAAAAAAAAAAAAAAAAAACAAAACGAGAAAAGAAAAGAAAAGAAAAGAAAAUGAAAAAUCGCUAUGGCGAUCGUAGGUAAGCGCACGUGCGUUCGUUUCCCACCGAGCGGUCUCUCUCUCUCUCUCUCCCCCUCCCUCCCUCCCUCCCUUCCUCCUUCCAUCCCUCUACCUCUCCCUUUUUGAACGAAGCGACAAACGGAUUCAACGGUUCUAAAAACUCUUCUCCUCCAUUAAACACAGGGAUUCUCAAAUUAGUUUUUUAUUCUAAAAAAAAAAAAAAAAAAAAAAAAAAAAAAAAAAAAAAAAAAAAAAAUGACAAGAUUUUUGUGAAAAUGGACAUCGAGGGAGGCACGAUAUAAUUCUUUGCUCUAAACUAUAUAAGUGGAGGAGAAAAGGAAAAAAAAAUGUAAUAGAGAUUCGCGGUGUUCCUUAAGAGGGGCGUCGCGCGCGAGCUCAUUGCUGCGCGCACAUUAAGAGAACAAUAAAGAAAGAAAGGAAGAAAGAAAGAAAGAAGAAAAGAAAAGAAAAAAAAAGAAACAAAAAAAAAAAAAGAAAAAAGCCUCAUGCCGCCGCGCAAGAAGACUCUCUCGCUCGCUGUGUGCUAAUUUUACAGCCCGCCUAACGUAAUGUAACGUAACGUAACGUAACGUAACGUAACGUAACGUAACGUGCGUGCGUGCUCUGCCUGCCUGCCUGCAUGCGUGUACGUAUGAUGUGUGAGAAUGUGCCUGAAUGCUUAUGUAUGUGUGUGCGUGUGAGAGUGUGAGUGUGUGUGUGUAUGUGUGCGUGAGUAGUAGCGUACGCGUGUGGAUACGCACGAUCGAUCACUCGCCCACAAGCUCGAAGCUUCAAUGUCACCCAAAACGAGCAAUAAUAAUUAACAAUAAUAACAAAAAAGAAAUAUAUAUAUAUAUAUAUAUAUAUAUAUACAUAUAUGUGUGUAUGGUAAAACGAGAAAAAGAAAAUGGAAAAAAGAUAAAAGAAGAAAAAAGAAAGGAAGGAAGGAAAAAAGAAAAAAGAAAAGUAUAAUAUUUGCAACAGAAAUGUGGCGCGAGCGAGAACGAGCGUAUCCCUAUCUCUUUUUCUGUGUUGUUGUUGUUGUUGUUGUUGCGUGUGUUAAAUGCGUGCGUGCGUGCGUACGUGUUGUAUUUGCCUCUUAAACGCGUGUGAGUGCGUGUAAUAUAUUUACUAUAUCGUUAUUGAAAACUUAAUCCUUAGGACGCUGUCGCAUAAAAGAAAAAAAAAAAAAAAACUGUAUUAUUAGGUUAGAAAAACGCGAACACUUAUGUACGCGAUGGCAACGCGAAAAGCCGACCGGGGCUGACUGUUCCUGCUGCUGUUGUUUCCUUCUUCUUCGUCCUUUACAUUUGACAAUUUCUCCUAUUCGACUUCCUCCGACAUUAUUCUCUCUAUCUCUCUUCCUCUUUCCUUUCGAAUUUUUAAUUCAAUGUUGUGAGCAGCGACACGGUGCAGCUUUUCGCAUCAACGCCACGCGAAAGGAGCGCCUGCUCUUUUUUUUUUUCCAAAAAGGAAACGCUCCCUAGGUAGCUUAUUUAUUGAAAUCACGUUUUAGGUUACUACGAAGGCCGAAUCGCCCGAUCCUUUCUUCCUUCCUUCCUUCCUUCCUUCCAUCCAUCCAUCCUUCUUUCUUUCUUUCUUUCUUUCUUUCUUUCUUUCUUUCUUUCUUCUUCCCUCCUUCCUUUAUUUUUUUAUUUUCCUUUUUAAUCUUUUCUUUCUACCCUUCCACGUACUACAUACUUCUAUCUCACGAUCGACCUCGUAUAACGCGUGUGUGAAAAUACGCGUCGCUCUCUUUACCAUUCUGACAUCUGUUUUUUUUUCUUUUUUUCUUUUUUUUUUUGUUUGUUUGUAAUUUUAUCCCCUCGUCCCUUUCCUUUUUCUUCUCUUUAUCGUUACAAUUUCAUUCAUCUCUUUUCAAUCCCCUUUCUCUCCUCAUCGUUCAUCAUUUACAUCACAUACAAAAUCUUACCCAAUCUUCGAUCGCGAAGAGAUCGACGUAGGUCCUCUUUUUUUUUUCUCUUUUUCUUUUUUUUCUUUUUUUUUUCUCUUUUUUUUUUUUUUUUUGUACAAAAGAAAAUGAAGAAGAAAAAAAAACAGGACGAAAGAAUGAUCUGAAAUCGCGGACGUUUACGCGCACGAUUCGAUACGGCCCCAUUCUUUUUCUUUCUUGUCGUUAUUAAUUCACUUUCUUUUUUCUUUUUUUUUUUUUUCUUUUCUUCUUUCUUUUUUUCUUUUUUAUCCGAAAAAAGAACAUCGUUCAUUCGUACAUACAUUUAUACAUACAUAAAUAAAUAAAUAAAUAAAUAAAUACACGAAUACAUUCAUACAUGCGUAUGACGUGCGUCGUAUUACGCGUGAAAAAAGAAAAAAAAAAAAAAAAAGAAAAAAGAAAAAACGAAUUCCAGGCCAACGAUCGCGCCUUACAUUUAUCGUCUCGUUCUUCAUGAAAAAAAGAAAGAAAGAAAGAAAGAAAGAAACAAACAAACAAGCAAACAAACAAAAAAUUAAGAAAACGAGCAACAUUCCCUUCUUAUUUUCUACGUACUCUUACAAAUGUCAUUUAGACGUCGUUAGACGAGAAUGCAAUAAAAUUUUCUUAUACGUUUGCGGCUCACGAUUUGUAGUAUAGCCCGAGAAAUACUCGAUUUGUUUUGCGUAACGUACAGCAGCGCUUUAGAAGGCCCUAUAAAAAGUCCCACCCACGAUCGCCCUCGAGAAUGCUGUUUGUAUGUGAUGCUAAUGUGAGUAGUUAAACAAAUUGUGCG